AGGAAGAAAAGUAGGCUGGCUUUCUUAUGCCGAUGGGAACUUCCGGAGGCGGCCCCUCCGAUCGGACUUUGCUAUGGACGGUCUGUGGGAAAAUCCGACCCAGACCCUGUUUGUUUGGGGAGCAAACAGCUAUGGACAGCUUGGUCUGGGCCAUAAACAAGACGUGUUCCAGCCCGAAGCCCUGAAGGAGUUUGCUGGUAAUCAAAAAACCCUCAGAAAUGUUGCUGGUGGAGGGGGACAUUCUUCAGUUAUAACCGACACGGGAGAACUAUUUUUGUGUGGCCAGAAUAAAAAUGGGCAGUUGGGACUUAAUCAUACAGAAGAUGUAAUUCAUUUUACAUUAUGCUCUUCUUUGUCUGGUUGUCCAAUUGUACAAGUUGCCUGUGGUUGGGAUUUUACAAUAAUACUUGCAGGAAAUGGCCAUGUUUUAUCCUGUGGAUCUAAUUCUUUUGGUCAACUGGGAGUCCCUCAUAUUGGAAGAGGAUGCUCCGUCCCACAGAAGAUUGAGUCUUUAAAGGACAAUGUGGUGAACGUUGCAGCUGGACUCAGGCACGCACUGGCUGCCACAGAUAAUGGUUCAGUGUUCCAGUGGGGAACUGGUAUGGUGUCUCAUGCAAAGCGAACAUGUCCAGAGAAAACAAUUCCCCCUUUCUUGGGAGCGAAGGAGCCUUGCAAAGUUACAGGCCUUGAAAACAUACAAGUGAAGAGUGUUACUUCUGGGUCAUAUCAUUCUGCAUCACUUACAGCUGAAGGAGAAUUAUAUGUGUGGGGGAGCAACAAACACAAGCAGCUAGUGAGCAAAUAUGAUUUUGUCUUGAGACCUCAGAAGAUAGACACUCACUAUUUCUUGGAUGAAAAGAUUAGAAGAGUCUGGAAUGGAUGGACACACAUGGUUGCACAAACAGAGACGGGGAAGACCUUUACCUGGGGUAGAGGAGACUAUGGUCAACUUGGAAGGAAUGGGAUGCUAUGUAAGGGGCAAAGCCAGGAUGGGAAGACAUCAAGUGAAUUUCUUUUCGAAGAACCAUCCACUGUUCCUACUGCAGUGCCCAGCCUGAUUGGAGCAUCUGAGAUUGCAUGUGGUUCAGAGCACAAUCUAGCAAUAGUUGGUGGUCAAUGUUUCUCAUGGGGAUGGAAUGAACAUGGAAUGUGUGGCAAUGGAACAGAAGCAAACGUUUGUUCUCCUGAGCCAAUCAAUGCCCUUAGUUCUGCAAAGCUGCAUUUAAUUGGAUGUGGAGCUGGUCAUUCCAUCGCUUGUUGUUAUUUUCCAGGAUAGAUCUUCUACAAGAGAAAUGUCAGCAAAAUUUAAGUACGAGACUGUUAGCAUAUUUCCAUUUUCAUAGGGUGUCUAUAAAGUCAAAACUGAUGGCUGGUUCAAAGCAAACAAAAAGAAAAAUUGCUGCCUACAGUUUAUUUAAAAAAUAAACAAUUCACUGUACUGAAAUAAAAGCUUUCUAAAUCUAAGCAGGCACACUGAAAGCAAUGGAAUAGGAAUUAGUUGGCCUCCAAAUCUAGUUGCUGAUUUUGGAUUGGAGGCAGUUUGAGGCCUAGUUCAGUUUCCAUGACAAACUAGGGUUACAAGGAAGUUCUGGAGAGAAUUAGUCCAUUCAAGAGGUGGGGGAAUGGGGAUUGUCAAGCUUCCAGCUAAUCUGUAAAGUUUGAACCAUGUUUGGUGGGAAGGACCAGGGUUCAGUGGAAAAUGCAUGCAGAAUGUCGCAGGUUCAGUGUCUUGUACCUCCAGUUAAAGGGUCUCAGGAAACAGGUAUUGGGAAAGACCUUGUCAAUCUGGGAGAGCUCCUGUUAGUCAGACAUGGCUAUACUGAGCUAGAUGAAGUAAUAGUCUGAUACAAUAUAACUGCCUGAGGGUUCAUAUGUGUAUAUAAUUUUGUCAUUGUGUCUGCAAUGGGCAUAUGUUCAAUGAUGCAUUCAUUUUACACAUUUAUUUUAUUUUAGAAGGAGAGAGAACACACAUUUGUCUGUUUCAAUAACAGUUCAUUAUUUUGAGUUCAGUGAUGAAAGAAAGGCAGGAUAGAAAUGUAAUGUUUAAUAAAGUUUUGAAUUUCUACAGAU